UGGAAGAAUUUAAGUAUAUAAUCAAUUAAAAUUAAAUUAUUACGAUAUUUUAAGUUAUUAUUAGACAAGUAUUUAAGGAAGAUCGAGCAUUGCGUGACUUCCACAUCACGUAAAAAUACACCGAGAAUAUGUAAUAGGUUGAUUUAUACGAUUGAAGAUAAUUUAGGCAGGAGAUAAGUUUUACUAACACAGAUGGUGAAGACGUGUCCAUGGGUCACAGCGAUAGGGACAGCAAGGGUCAUCUCGUGACUUCUAUGAACUCAGUUCAUUUUUGUUAAGCUACCAUCGCACACCAUGAGACUCACAGAUACUAAUCAUGUGUUAGGAGCAUUGAACAAAAUUGUAUUACUGUUUUUAUUCUUCUGUAACGUUCACAUUGCAAAUAGUAUAUUUCAAUCAGGGAAAGAAUACGUGUAUUCCUAUGAUGCAUUUUCAAGCUCUGGCGUUCUGUUACCAUCCCGUGCAUCAUCUUCGUGGGGUUUCAAUGGAAAGCUCAAAGUCCAAUCAGAGCAAAAUGUUGUUACGAUGCAGUUGGAAUCAUUGAGAAUGAACGUAUGGAAUGGUAAAAUAGAUGACCAAGGAGAGAGUCAAUACGUUCCUGAAGAUGUGACAGAUCUUUUGAAACCAUUUCAACUCGUCUAUAAAAAUGGUUUUAUCGAAAAUUUUAGCACAGAAGCUGUGUCUCCUUGGUCGACGAACAUAAAAAGGAGUAUAGCAGGAAUUUUGCAAUUAGACUUGUCUACUUUACAGAAGGAAACAGCAUUUCAUUCAAACGAAAGAAACCAUUACGGUCAAUGUAACAUUGAAUAUGUGGCUAAUUCUGAAGAAGAAAACGAGUUGCUGAUAAGAAAAUUUUUCGAUCCCCGAAUUUGCAUUGGCCAUCCCAAUUACUUUUGGUCGAACGUUCCUAAAAUCUUAUGCCCAAACGGGGACCAAAAUCCAUUAAUGAAGUCCAGCGAAAGAUUGUACAAAGUAAAAGUGAAUGGGUCUAUAAAUGAGAUUUUAUUUGUUAAUGCUACUGGAGGUAUAUAUCUACAACCUUUCCAAAGUUUUGGAGAAGCACAAUUUCAUUUCACGCGACAGAUCUUUAAAUUAAUUUCGGUGAAAGACACAGUGGAUAAAAUACCUGUUAAAGAUUUAUACUACAAAGUUCUACAACAUGAACUUCCUGAAAUUGAUCUUACGCAAGGCAGAGGUACUCCUGAUAAGAGCAUUGUUAUCAAAUCUAUAGGGACAUUAUUAGACCGAUUAAGUCAAAGGCUUGAAAAUCCUGGUUUAGAUACGGAAACUGAUAAUCUGCAUAAUACAACGAUCAGCGUGUUACUUUACUAUCUGGGCAUGUUAGACAUAGUCGACUUGCGUAAUUCUUAUACAAGAAUUUCGGGAACAAGUUAUAAAGAGGAAACAAUAAGAAAUAUGUUCCUUGAAGCUCUCCCUCAAGUUGGUACAAAAGAGGCUGCCUUGUUCAUACUAGAAUUAAUUCAAGAUAAAAAAGUAUCAGAUAUGUCUGCGAUUCAGCUUCUCACUCAAUUACCGUUUCAUAUACGUAAACCUGAUGUUCAGUUAUUAGUAAAUUUACAAACGUUUUUAAAUCUACCAGAGAAAAUUUCUAUGGAAGUUCAGAACACUGCCAUCCUUGCAUAUGGCACACUGAUUUAUAAAACUUGUUUAUUAUACUGUCCUUAUGAAAUGUUGGACGAUUAUGUACGUUUGUACCUUGAUAAAUUCACAGAGACAAAGGAAUACGAGAAGAAAAUGAUUUGGCUCGAGGGAUUAGCAAAUAUUCAAUUAGGUAGAGUGGUCGAAUUUUUGGAGCCGAUCGCAAGUGGUAGUAACGCGGAAUCGCGUCACUUUCGCGUUCUCGCUGCAUGGGCAUCCCUUCCAACUGCUCCUUUAAGGCCUGACGUUAUCUAUCCUGUGUACUGGCCAAUCUUAGUUAACAGAACUGAGCAUCUAGAGAUGAGAAUAGCAGCAUUGACACUGCUAAUAGUUUCUAAUCCUACUCCAAGCAGACUCAUAACACUGUACUGGUACAUGCAGAGCGAACCCAGUCAACAUUUGUACAAUUAUUUUUAUACUAUUUUAAAAUCGAUGGUUCAUACUACUCACCCGUGUUACGUUCAUAUAGGCGUGAUAGCGGCACAAUUCACUCGAGUACUUCGACCACCAGGAAAUAAAUAUUUAAUCACCGGAAAUUAUCUAUUUGAUUAUCAAGAUACAUAUAGAAAAUUCGGUGCUAUGAUACAUGGUAUUGUCAUCGCGAAUCCUUUAACGAAUAUACCUGAAGUAUUGUAUGUAACAGUGAACACGUACGGAAGUGGAGUUAAUAUAAAUCACGUAUCUUUAUAUAUUAAAGCUGAAGGUCUUCUUCAUUCGUUGUCCACACAUCAAGAUGGGCCGACGCAAGUGAAGGAUAUAUUAAAGCAAUUUAAGGUAGACCCGAGACAAACCGGACCUGUGCACUUAGAAAUAAUCGCACGCAUUCAAGAGAAAACGGUUUUAUGCCUUCAUCUUAACGAAACGAAUCUCAUUAAAGGAUUCAAAUAUCUCUCCUCUUUGCCGGAUAACGUGUAUCACAUAUAUCAAAAUAUGGAGUUUCACGUUAAUCAGCAACGUAUCAACGUUCCGUUAAUUACGGAAUCGGUACAAGUCACAGACUUAGGAGCGAACGUGAGAUUCGCAAUUACCGCGACAUCAUUAUUCUCGAUGAGAGGAAACUUUACCCGAGUCUCACUUGGCCGCAACAAUCACAUCAUAUUACGAACAUCUAUCCACAAAACAGAAGUGAUUGAAAGUUAUAAUCCCUUAAUUGAUACUUGGCAUACUGCAGAGCGAGCAUAUUCUAUUCAUGGAUAUCUUCCGAUAAACAUUACACUUGGCUUUGAGCAACGCCCGUUUAUCUCGUAUAAUACUCCAAAAGAACAUCUUAAAAUGGGUAUCACAGCUCAUGCCAGAACAUCUACUAAUAUAAAAGGACUAGCCAUUAAAUCGAAAUUAAAUCAAAUUUGUCCCACUUGUCCUAAUUUAUACAUAGUUACGAAAUCGCCAGAGUACAAAUCACAGACAGUAGAUCUAUUUCAAGCAGAGUUAGCAGAACUAGGAGGCCAAAUGUACGUCAAGCUUUUUGACUGUGAAAGUGUCAUAUCGCGAGAGAAAUUAAUUCGAGACGUACUUUCUUCACAUCGAGCCAAUUAUCCUAUUUGGCCAUUCCUGGAGUUUGCAUUUACAGCUCUUCAUUUCCUAGAUUAUUGCACGUACGUACCGCCGAAAGGAAGUUGCGGUGUAGCUGCCUACAUUAGUACACUCGACGCGCAACGCACUCAAGUAAAGCUUGAGUACAAUAAAAGUCCAAGUUAUCACUUGCUAUCGUUAACGCGUCGGAAUGCGGAAUCAUCGCAGAUUCUUCAACAGUGGAAUGUAGCUGCUCUCUAUGAGAUUACUAGUUGGCUGUCUGAUGUGAUUAAAAUCAAGGCAACUAAACUUGUGCCAGGACAAGAGAUUUUAAAGUUUUGUUUAGAAGCAGAGAAAGAGAUGCCUUGGACAUGGGAUUUCUUAAGUACUAAACCCAGUGAUCCUGCCAGGAUCUCGUUAAAUGCCAUUUGGGGAUACUCUGAUACAGCGAAGGGCAAAUGCAAUGGAUCUUCGAUCACAUUGAAUUUGCUUGGUGAAAUCAGCAAUGAUCAAUUACAAGACUCUAAAAAAGUACAGUGGCCCUACGAGGAGUGUCGAAAACAAUCUGAAGGAAAGCGCUUUACGCCAUACACCGAUGCUUGUUACGAGACUUCGAGAGAGUUAUCAACUUUGAGGAAAUAUCAAAUCAUCGCGCAACAUGAAAAUGUACCAGAACAAUUAAUAAGAUUAGCUUGGAAAUUACGAGCUUUUUAUGAUUUAAUCGGUGGAAAUAGUAGCGCUUACCCUGUUUCCAAAGGAUUCGUUUUAACAGCUACAUUUCCCAACCAAUUAGAUACUGGCGAAUUGUCAUUGAACAAUGAUGCAGUAGCUAUCGAAUAUAAUUAUAAUAUUAUAGAUUACUUUCUGACUAGGACCAGAAUUCACAAGUACAUGGAUAUGUCAGUUUUAAAAGCUUUCUUUGGCACAUGCAUUGUCACACCAGAGUAUAUUAGAUCGAUCCACAAUGUUACGUAUUCGUUCCACAACAAACGGGAAGUCUUGUUGUUUGGCCAGUGCUACCAUGAGAAUCCAAAGUACGCGCUAACGGCACAAAAUGAUUUAUACGGUGUCAAUGUCAAUAUAUACGAUGAAAUAGACACAGUGCGAAUUGUACCGAAUCAAACCGGGGGUACAUUGUACAAUAAGACGAUGUAUAUUUCAAUUCCACAAAGUUUUAUGUUUCACUCUCUGGGUACGAAAAGGGUGAGAUUGGAUAGUAGUACUAUGGAUGUAAUAGUUCCUAAUCUCUAUUUAUACAUGCAUUGGACGCAAGAGCAGAUUCUUUUAUUCUUUCCAACGUAUCUUUUAGAAUUUAGCUGCGGAUUAUGUGCACUACAAACUUCGAAUACUGAUAAUUUAUAUGAGAAAGUAUGAUGUAUUACUUAUUUAUAAUAAGUUUAGCGUUUAGCAUGAUUAACCUCCUGUCCAGAUGAUUUGCUUCAACUGAGUAUAUCAUUAAACAUUAAGAGAUUUUAUUAAAGGAAAUGUACGGUUUAUAAAUAUACUUUAGAUCGAAAGUAUUUCUUCAGGUAUAAAAUUAGAAUGAAGUAAAAGUAUAAGGAAUAUCUACAAACUCUGACAAUAAAGGCAUUCAUUUAUAAAGUAA